GCAUUGUGGGUACUUUAAAAAAUGGCGGCGGCCUGUUGGAGGUAUGCUUGGCGACCGCUAUGGCAAAUUACUUCAGGACCAGGGAGGUUAAAAGCUGCAGUGCGAUAUGUUUCUUCCAGCGUCCAGAAAAUCAAAACCGCAAAUUCACAGUCGCCCUGGGUUCUACAUGGAGCCGUGUGCUUACAGAGACUUCCGGUCAUCUCUCAGGACCUGAGCCCGGUUGAGGAGAAGUUCAUGGAGCUCAUGCGCCAGAUGGAGCUGGAGAGAAGCCUGCUCUCGGACCACGAACUGCGGCUGUUGGAGGAUGCCGAACGCAUGAGCCGCAAACAGGAUGCCGAUUAUGACUCGGAUGAUGAAGAAGGCUACGGAGGUCAAGAGAUCGUCACUGCCCAGGAUUUGGAGGACACAUGGGAACAGAAACUCAAGCUAUUCCAACCUGCUCCAAGAAUGAAAGCUUCUGACACCACAGAUGUGAGCUCGGCUGAGCGCUGCCUGGGAGACAGCGUGGUGCUGCUGGUGAAGCAGGAUGUUGGCUCUCAGAAGGUUUGGCUUCUGCCUCAGUUGCCGUGGGAGGCGGGAGAGACGCUGAGGCAGACUGCAGAGCGUGCCCUCACCAGUCUGCCAGGCGCAAAAUUGAGCACAACCUUCCUCGGCAAUGCGCCUUGUGGAUUUUACAAAUACAAAUUCCCCAAAAGCAUCCGGACCGAGAACCGAAUAGGAGCCAAGGUGUUUUUCUUCAAAGCCCUGCUCUCUGGUAGCGACAAUCUGCCACUGGAGAAAGACUCCUUCGUGUGGGCGAGAAAGGAUGAGCUCCAGGAUUAUCUCAAGCCAGAAUACCUGAAACAGGCCCUCUCCCACAUAGCAAGAGCUGGAUGUUCUUGAAGAUACCACUGAUUUACUGAGCAACUUCCUCUACAAAACCCCACUGGGAGGCAGUAGUGAGUUGUUGAAUUGAGAAAAGGCAGUUUUGAGGAAGUAAGAGUGAUGUUCUAUUAUGCCUUACCACCCAGACGGUAAAUUCUUCCCUCGUCAAACACCUACAGUACACGCUUUUAAUAUAGCUCACUCCAAAGCAUCAAACACUCAAUGGCGUUUUGUGCUGAAUGUGCACAAACAGGGAUUAGUGAAACUAUGACUUAUUGGACUAUUCGAUUGUGUAGGUGUCAGAAAAUUGGAGCUUGACAUAUUUUAGUCAGCAUUUCGGGACAGGCUGUUCUAGUAUAUAUUAAGUAUUCAUUUUCAAAACCACACACAAACAAUAAAACAGUAUGAUUAUGAUUUGUGACAGCUUUUGUGUGUGUGCGCGAGUGUGUGUAUGACAGAUAAGUUUGACAUAUCACCUGUGUGUACAAACAUCGUUCCAAACUCCAAUAUCUCAAUUUUCCACUGAGGUUUUUCACUCAUGAAUUACCAAAACCACAACAGAGCAGACAGUCAACAGCAAACAUACGAGAGUGCACUCAGGCUUUAAUGCAGCAAUAUUCGAGAAUUAAAUAGACAAGCCCAAGGUCAAAAACUUGGUCAAUAAAAUCAACUGCAGGCUAUUGUAAGAAUUCAGGAAGAGGAGGGCUGAACGAUUCUUGAUGAAAAUAGGAAUAUCACAUUUUUGGCUUGGAAGGGAUCAUGAUUCUUUGACUAAUUUUUAUAUUUGUUAAAUUCUUACAUUAACAGACUGAUUUUAAUAAAAAAUUUUAUGUCCAGUACUAGGUAGAGGUAGCAUUGAAGGUACUAUGAAUACCCGAAGUUAAGUACCUGUGGUUUUCUUUCUGAAAUAUUAAAAGUAUAAAUGAUAUGUUCCAGUUCCACCUUGUACUUGUUUUCACUCUGGGUCCCAGACACACCAAGUUGAUUGUCGCCCUUAGUGUUUGUGAUAGUGAGCCCCAUACCAGUGACAGUAAUUGUCCAUGUCGGUGCACUUUAGCACCAAUUGAAUCAGCAUCAGAGGCCAGUGUUGAGAAAUAUUCUGACUAUGUGGUUAGCUGAAUGAAGGGUAGGUUGGCUGGCUUGUACCUCCCAAGCCCCAUACUACUUCACUAAAUAUUGUUACAUACCUAUGAUCACUAUAGGCACUGAUACUGGUAAACCUUAGGUGGUAUUCUAUUUUGACAUAAUACUGGCUUAGUGGUUUGCAUGUUUGCCUCAUAGCUCUGGGGUUGGGGGUUCAAUUCUUGCCUCCAUCUGUGUGUUCACCUGUGUUUGCAUGUUCUCUCAUGCUUUGGGGGUUUCCUCCCCCAGUCCAAAGACAUGCGUUGUAGGUUCUAGGCUGAUUGGCAUCUCUAAAUUGUCCAUAGUGUGUGAAUGGCUGGGAGUGUGUAUGCGAUUGUGCCCUGCAGUGGGUUGGCUCCCUGUCCAGGGUGUCCCUGCCUUGUGCCCCGAGUCUCCUGGGAUAGACUCCAGGCUUCCUGCGACCCUGUGUAGGAUAAGCGGUACAGAUAAUGGAUAGAUAUAUAGUGCUGUAGUGUGUGAAUCGAGAAGUAGACUGUUCCCAUAGGGUCUUUCACAGUUCUUUUUUACAUUAUGAAUACAGACUAAUGCCACCCCUUGGUGUGGAGUAAUUUUUUUUCAUGACUGGUACAGAUCAUACAUCAUCAGCUGAAGUCUUUGUGAAGCUCCUGUUGCGUAACUGAUGACCCACUGUUGUCUUCUGUGGUGAGGCAACAGGAACUCAUCUGUCAGCCAUGUAUAGACCUAGUUCAUUAUGGUUCUGUGCUAGCAUCUGGAAAGGCUUUAAGUUUGACUUUCAGAACUGCCAGAGAGCCACUGCUGGACGCUUAAACAAGGACCCUGAACUGCUUAGCUCUGCUCUUGGUUAAUUGCCAAAUGAGUUGCCAAACUGCAGCAUUUUGAUUUUAAUCAAACAUUUUAAUGGAAGAUCAGCAUUAAACAAGCUACAAGAACUCAUAACCUCUGCCAAGGACUCGUAAAUUUAGCCAAGGACUCAUAAUAAUUGGAAUCUUAAAUACAAAGCAUGUAUUCAGUACCAUACAGUAUAACUGUAUUUUCCAGAGGCAUACAGGAAACUUUGCUGGCCUGCAAGUUUGAUUAGAAAGCUGAUACCUAAAUAAAAUAUGAAAAUAUUAUAUGCCAUAAAAUGUCUUUUUCAGUAAUUUUUCUACAUUAAGAUAAUUCAGCCAAAAACCUUAGAAAAUGCUUCAAUAGACAGAGAGGAUAGGUGUAUUUCAUUGUGACAUUAUUGUGGCUAUAUUGGAGAAAAAAAAAACCUACAUCAGUGCCAGUCAAGUUUACAUUAACAAUUCUUAAGCGAAUAAAGUUCAUCCUCCGGUUGACAUCCAUUACCUGGGGCCCCUGUUUGAUGGAGGGUCCAUAUGUUUGCUUGCCCUCUAGCUGGCUAGAUGGCUUGCUAUUCUUGUACACUGUCCAUAUAAUGUACAACCCCAAUUCCAAAAAAGUUGGGACGCUAUGUAAAAUGU